AUGGCGUACCGUCUCUGCCACAUGAAUGAUGAUGGAAAUUGGACCCCGUCUGGACUUCCGGUGGCCCCUCUCGCACACUUCCCGCCUCGCCUCCACAACCACAAAGGCUGCCACGAGAUAAAGUUGCAUUCUUUCGCCCGUCCGGAAUGGCGCAACCCUACUGUGGCCCUCGCUCCUUUGAAAGGAACGAGUGCUCUUUGUUUUCUUUUAAAUAGCCGAGUGGGAGUUCACUGGUCUGUUGAUCUCCUUAGUGUCGUUUUUAGAAAUCGUUCGGAAACGGCAGAAGUGUGCGUAGGCACGUCAGUUGGCACCAUCACGGAGCCCGACUGCUUGGGCCCCUGCGAGCCUGGUACAUCGGUCACGUUGGAGGGCAUCGUGUGGCACGAAACGGAAGGUGUCCUGGUGGUGAACGUAACAUGGCGGGGGAAGACGUACGUUGGCACGCUGCUGGAUUGCACGCGACACGACUGGGCGCCCCCGAGAUUCACUCGCGCGCGCUUAUGCGCCCCUGGUACUCCGGUCGUCGCCCAUUCACCGUUCACCAUCAGAUUCGCUCGCGCGCGCUUAUGCGCCCCUGGUACUCCGGUCGUCGCCCCUUCACCGUUCACCAUCAGAUUUCGCUCGUGCUCGCUUAUGCGCCCCUCCGGGUACUCAUCAGUCUUAUGCGCCCCUGGUCCGGUCGCCCAUUCACCGUUCACCAUCAGAUUCGCUCGCGUGCGCUUAUGCGCCCCUGGUACUCCGGUCGUCGCCCCUUCACCGUUCACCAUCAGAUUCACUCGCGCGCGCUUAUGCGCCCCUGGUACUCCGGUCGUCGCCCAUUCACCGUUCACCAUCAGAUUCACUCGCGCGCGCUUAUGCGCCCCUGGUACUCCGGUCGUCGCCCCUUCACCGUUCACCAUCAGGUUCGCUCGUGCUCGCUUAUGCGCCCCUGGUACUCCGGUCGUCGCCCCUUCACCGUUCACCAUCAGGUUCACUCGCGCGCGCUUAUGCGCCCCUGGUACUCCGGUCGUCGCCCCUUCACCGUUCACCAUCAGGUUCGCUCGUGCUCGCUUAUGCGCCCCUGGUACUCCGGUCGUCGCCCCUUCACCGUUCACCAUCAGAUUCACUCGCGCGCGCUUAUGCGCCCCUGGUACUCCGGUCGUCACCCCUUCCUCGCCUAACAAUCAGGUGAAGCAGGAGGGGCAGAAGCCGACGACGGAGACGCAGGGCCCGCCGCCGCCGCCUACCUCGCAGUACUACCUGCCGCCGUACAUGCAGCCGCCGCACUACGGCGCGCUGCCCUUCGACCCCGUGUACCGGGCGCCGCUGAGCCCGAUGCUGGUGGGCGGCUACGGGGGCGGCUGGACGGUGCCCCGCUACCACGCGCCCGAGGACCUCUCCCGGCCCGGGGCGCCCGGCAAGCUCGAGCUGAUCCCGCCCGGCCAGUACUACGGCGGCCACGGAGGCCACGGCGGCCACGCGGCCCACGGCGCCCACAAAAUCCACGAGCUGCAGGAGCACGCCAAGUCGCCCGUGGGAAAGGGCCCGCGCGCCGAGGCGCCCAAGGACGGCGCCCGCUCCCCGCCGCCACAGCGGCACGUGCACACUCACCACCACACGCACGUCGGGCUCGGCUACCCGCUCUAUCCGCCGCCCUAUCCGGGGGCGCGA